AUGUCUAAUUCUGAGAUUUUUGAUUCUACAAUUUAUGAGUCAAACGAUUCCAUGGGCUUGACAUCUCCUGAAGAAGUCAUACCUACCGACCAAGUAAUUACUUUUAAACGGGCACAGGAUUUAUCAAUGAAUUGUAGUCAAGACCAACAUCACAACCACACACCCCUCCACGAUUCCCUAACAUCAACAUCAAGAGACCAAUCAAGUCCAUUUAUAUCACAUCCGGGGUCUCCAGUUGAUGGAAUAAUUCCACGUUUUUCUUCCUCACCUUCAGAAACAGUCAGAGGUUCGUAUACCACUGAACAACCCUUAGACGACGUGUUGAAUCUUCAAACAGGAAUAUCCCAACUAUGUUUACAAAAAGAUGGUCAUACAGAAAAUCCCACAUCCAUCGAUGGAAGUGAGGAAGAAGUCCUGACAAUUAAUAGUUUAUCACCUAGAAAAUCGAAAGCCACCAGAAACCCGUCGGUGUGGAGACACAUGAGACCUUCAUCCAUUUAUAGCUCUCAGCCAAAGUCUUUAUUUCAUGACGAUCCAAAUUUGGAACAUGGUGAGUCAGUUAAUAUCAAAAGUACUAACACAACCUCCCGAGAAGAAUAUCUCAAUAAAGAAAUUAUUGAACUCAAAAUUAAAUACGUCAAGUUGAGAGAAUUUCUCAUGGAUUUGCUAGAUAGUACUGGAAAUAACCCAUCAAAGAUCAGAGAGUAUUUAAAUUGCAAUGAAGGUAAACUUAAAUCAGAGUUAGAGAUGAAACUUGAAGAAUUACAACUCCAGUAUGAUGAAGCAAUGAAAUUGAAUAGCGAUUUGCAUUCAAAUUUGAGUACAUUUGAGUCAAAAUUAAAGGAAAAGGAGAUUCUGAUUGAACAACUACAUUCCUAUAUCGACUCUGUGAAUGUAACUAUUGACGAUUUCAUUAAAACAUUGAUGGAUGAAGGAGCCAUCGGUACACCAUUAGAUCAUUCUUAUAUAUUUCCCACCUUGGAAGAGAAACUAGAGGCAUUGAAAUCACAGAUAUUAACUCGCAUAGAUGGUGAAAAUAACAACAACAUACAGAUAGUCCCACCAACUCCUUCUUCGUUACUCAGCAGUAAUCAGCAUUCCAAUCAUAGCCAUCCACAACAAAUACAAGAAUCCAUGGAUACAAUACAUCAAUUGCUCAUGAGAAUCAACAACUUAGAACUGUAUCAUCAAAAUGAGAGGGAACACCUCAAAUCCGAGUUAUCAAUUCAUCGUGCAGAGGCCAGUAGAAUCAAGAAAACUUUUGAAAUAAUGACUUCAAAGUUUAAUGAACUAAAGAAUGUCAUUGACAAAAAGGAAUCGCAUCUCAGCCAACAAAGUGGCCAAAUUGGAGAAUAUAAGCAAGUGAUUUCAGGCUUGCAAAAUGAAAUACAGCUUUUGAAGCAAUCUCCUUCUAGUAGACCUCCAUUAGAUGCAUCACCGUCAGAAACUUCAAAUCGAAUUUCCGAUCUAAGCUCGAAAUUACAGCACAAGAGUAUAGCAUUAAGGCAACAGCUUGAUGUGUCCGAGAAUUUAAAGAUUCAGUUAGAGAAUUCUUUACAAAAGGAACGCAGCUUACGAACAGACCGUAUUAGAUUGUCGUCAACAACAGAGCAGUUAAAGAAGGAAAACGACGAAUUGAAAUCCAAGAUGGACGAAGCUACCAAUAAUUUAGACUCCAUCAAGAAGAAGAUAUCCACCUUGGAGUUUCAGUACAAAGAGCUAUUGUUAUUUGAUACAAAUGAAUUCAAAAAGUUGAUUCAGUCAUAUGAUAAAAUCGCCGAUGAUAGAUCAUUGAUGGAUUCCAAGACGAAAUACGAGAAAUUGUGUGGCAUAAUCAAUGAUAUGAAAUCAGUGGACUAUAAUAAUCAACAAUCACAUUUGGAGUACAAAAACAUCCAUAAUUCAAUAUUUGAAUUUUUUGUAAGGGCAACAGAUAUUCUUAUCAACGACCAUGUUAGCUUACUAUUGAAGGAGAACGACAAUCAAGAAAUCAAGAAAUUGAAAGCACAAGUUGAAAAAUUGAGAGAAGAAAACGAAUCAUUACAAGAUGAACUCUCAAAGCAUGAGUUUGGUCUAGAAGAGGAUAGUCUAUCACCAAUAUCAAAACUAAGAACAAGUGUAUUGACCAAAAAAUGGAAAGCUGAAAGAGAAAGAAGAAUAUUAGAAGACCUGGAAGCAAAGAAACGGUUCCAUGAAAUGGAAAUGGAAAUCCAGAAAUUAAAGGAAUUAAAUAGUAACCGUACUAUAGAAGAUUAA